UAGAUUUAAAAGAAGAGAGACGUGUAACUUAUGAUGGAUCAACAGUAGUAUUUAAUGAGGAAGUUCUCGCUAAUAAUUUUGCAUUUUGGUGGUCACCUAACUCGACACAAAUUGCUUAUUUAAGAUUAAAUGAAUCAUUAGUUCCGGAAUACCGAUUUCCUUUAUAUCUUAAUGGACUUUUGGCAACACCAUAUGCAAAAGAAGUUAUAAUGAAAUAUCCAAAACCAGGAUAUCCAAAUCCGGUUGUAACAUUUCAUAUAUACGAUACAUCCACUCCAUUGGUAUCACAAUCAGCUGCUAUUCCAUUUACUAAUGAUUUUGGGGACACCGAUAAAUUAAUAACUGAAGUUUGUUGGGCGGGUAAUGAUAAUGUUUUGGUUAGAGUGAUGAAUAGAGUUCAAGAUAUUGCGAGAGUUGUUUUAGUUGAUGCUAAUAAUCGUAGUGGAGUCACUGUAAGGGAAGAAAAUGCUGAAACAAGAGAUGGUGGUUGGUUUGAAAUUGUAAGAAUAACACAAGAUUCAUAUGCUGAUGUAGUUGUCAACAAUGGAUAUAAUCAUCUCGCGAUUUUCUCUCCUUUAAAUAAUGCUACACCGAGAUAUCUCACCAGUGGUAAUUGGGAAGUUGUUGGUGGUGUAAAAGCUAUUGAUUAUACUCUUCAACUUGUAUAUUUCAUGAGUACAGAAAAAUCAUCAAUAGAAAGACAUUUAUAUUCAGUAUCAUUUGAUGGACUUACCAAAACUGCAUUAACCAAUACUGAUGAAGCGGGAUAUUAUGAAGUUUCAUUUUCUAAAGGUGCUAAAUAUUAUAAUAUUAAAUAUGAAGGUCCUGAAAUUCCUUGGCAAAAAGUAUUAAAAGUUGAUAAUAGUUCCUUUUCGGUUUCUUUACAAGAUAAUAAUAAAUUGAAGUCGUUGAUUAAAACCAUUGAUAUGCCUACAAUAAAAUAUAGUACUGUAGAGAGUGAUGGAAAUAUCAGACCACCAGGAAUGGAUGAAACUGGUCGUGAAAAAUAUCCCGUUCUAUUUCAUGUUUAUGGAGGUCCCACUUCUCAAUUGGUCAAUAAGAAAUUUUUUUUUGAUUGGCAUUUAUAUGUAGCUUCGAAAUUAAAAUUUGUUGUGGUAACUGUUGAUACUCGAGGUACCGGUUAUUUAGGAAGAACAUUUCGAGUUUGUGUAAGAAAACAUUUGGGUGAAUAUGAAUCAAUCGAUUCCAUUAAUACCGCUAAAUUAUGGGCAAAAUUACCUUAUGUUGAUUCAAGUAAAAUUGCAAUUUGGGGUUGGUCAUUUGGUGGUUUUCUUACUUCAAAAGUUAUUGAAGCUGAUUCGGGAGUAUUCCAAGCUGGAAUGGCCGUAGCUCCUGCUGCUGUAACCAAUAUGACUGGAUUCUCUAAUGCUCAAUUCUUAUUAGUUCAUGGAACUGGUGAUGUUGAUAAAUUCACUCUCGGAUCUGUUCAUAACUACCGUUUACAAUUCUAUACUGAUAACGAUCAUUCAAUCGCAAAACAUAACGCAAAUCGUGAG